AUGGAGGAAGCUAUCCUCCAACGACACCCCGGUCAAACGGCUGCCACUCAGCACCGGAACAAAAGGGGCAAACCGAUCGAUGGCAUUUUCACGACCUCUGGGGUGGCUGUACAGGCUGGAGGCUACUACAACUUUGAUGAGUUUUUCUCGUGCGACCAUCGUGGCCUUUGGAUUGAUAUCGAUCUGGAGAAAUCUUUGGGCGGUUACAAACCACAGAAGACCCCGUACAAACCCCGCAAACUUACUAUGUUGGAUACUACAGCAGUCCGCCGUUACCUGCAACUUGUUCACAAGGGCUACGAGGAAUACUCCAUCCCAUCUCGCUUGGCGUCCCUACAUCACCAACUACAACUAAAUGAAGGGACCAUGACAGCAACAAUGGGUCGUCAUUAUAACUGCCUGCACCAUCAGAUGUAUGUUGUCAGGCGAAAGGCGGAGGAAAAAUGUAGACGGGUCACUAAUGGAUUGGUGCCCUGGUCUCCCAAGAUGCAACAGUUUUGGGAUCGUCAAUCCUUGUGGAAGAUCCUUUUGAAGGGGAGGAAGGGUUGCCGGUGGCGCAAGGACUUUUUGACGGUGCAGGCGGCAAAGUCCAAAAAGAAACAAUGGCGGUCGCGAAAGGCCACAGACCGUUUCUUGCGGUUACGGCGGAUGAAGCAACGGGUGGAGGCGAGACGCCAACGCCGCGCUAAGGGAAAAGGAUCUACUGGGGGGUUACACGCGAUCCAAGUCAAAGAAAGGCUGCCUUCAGGCGAAGUGGGCUUGCGGACUGUCUCUGAAAGGAGUCAAGUGGAACAGGGGUGCAUGCAGGAGAAUUGCGCACGGUAUGAUCAGACCAGAUUGCCUCAUAUGACCCCUCCAAUGGAUGCUCCAUUGUACCAAAUGUUUAAUGGCCAUGACGCGGAACAAAACUCCCUCGCCCUUCUUGAAGGGCGUCUUACUCUACCAGAUGGCAUUGACUAUCCAACUCGGUCUUUCCUUUCUCAGUGCAGGUUCCACAAAGAUCAUUCUAUGUCUCCUCUGGAGGUUUCUACUGAAGAUCACACCUACUUCUGUCUCGGAAUCCGGAACACAAGGGCUCUGAGCCUCAUGGCCUGCAUAAUGGCCACUUUAAAGCUGGGAUUCUCUCCCCUAUGGUCGCCCAGUGUGACGCCUUGUUUCGGCAUAUCCCUCUAA